GGGUUUGUGGCGAUGGCGCGGAGCCAUGCAGCGGUGCAAGGGUGAGGAGUUCGCAGCGCAUUGCAUGGAAUCUAGCUCCCGCGAGCGCCCGGGAGUAUGAAUCGGUGGAAUAGAUCGAGGUAGCGGAGUGGCAGUGGCGAUGGAGCUCCAAAUGCAGCUCGUUCAAGCAGUCCAUGUCCUGAAUCACGACAUGCUGUCUUGCAACAGAGUCGCUGCGAAUCAAUGGCUCGUCCAGUUCCAGCAGACGGACGCUGCCUGGCAGGUCGCCACGGGAAUUCUCACAGCGGAGGCGCUUAACAUACACGAUUUCGAGGUGGAAUUGUUUGCCGCACAGAUUCUCAAGAGAAAGAUUCACAGUGACAUUGGGACGCUGUUGCCUGAUGGGAGGCGCGCAUUGCAAAAUGCGCUGCUUGUGUCGGCAACCAAGCACAGCUCGGGACCCUCGCAGCUGCUGACUCAAAUUUGCCUUGCGCUAUCUGCGCUGAUUUUUCGAUCGCCAGAGGCUCGGAGUCUAAUACAGCAGCUGUUUGGUCGCUUGUAUGAGUUGCAAUGCCAAGGCAGCGGGAGCCAUGCUGUGCUGGAGCUUCUUACAGUGCUUCCAGAGGAAGUCACGGAGGAAAAGACUAUCGUUGCCAACGUUAAUUCAGAUCACAGGAGGCAAUUCAGUAACGAGCUACUUUCGCAUUCUUCUUCUGUGCUGAAGUUCUUGGUACAUCUCACUGAGAAUGAAGCGCAUUUUUACACUGUAAGGAGCAAAAUAUUGCGCUGUUUUCUAAGCUGGGUGCGCAUUGGGUGUUUAUUGGAAAUUGAUCAGCUUGCAGUUCCUAGCCAUCCUCUUAUUGCUUUUGCAUUUGCUUGCCUCCAGGUUCCUGAAUCCUUUUCGGUUGCCAUUGAGGUUCUUGCGGAGCUUAUUAAUCGGCACGAGGUUAUACCGCCAGCGGUUCUGCUGCAGAUGAUCGUAGUGAAAGAUACGUUGCUUUUGCCGGCCCUUGCAACUGGUAACGAAGUUGUUGUCAAAGGCCUCUGCUGGUUGAUGGCCGAGCUCGGGCAAUCUGCACCAGGAUUGUUUGCACGAGGAACACCUGAUGUUUUGUCUCUUGAGGAGGCGAUGUUGGGAUGUACUCGGUUUCAAAGCUCAAAUUGGGAGGUAGCUGAAACAAGCCUUUCGUUCUGGUCCGCUCUUGGUGAUUAUUUGAUUAACCUGGGUUUUGAGAAACAAAGCGGCUUGAGGGCAUAUAUUCCGCUCUAUAUUUCUUUAUUAGACGCGCUUGUUUUGCGAGUUCAGGUCGGUCCGAAAUCAUAUAAUGAAGAUGAUAUUGAUGGGAGUACUGGCUUGCCCGACAGUUUAGCACAAUUUCGAAUAAAUCUGGAGGAAACAACAACCACUGUUUGCCGACUCCUAGGACCAACUCAGUACGUAACUCAGCUUCUCAGUCAAAUUACUUUAGAACUCCCAGUUUUGUGGCAAGUUAUAGAGGCACAAUUCUUUUUGCUCUAUGCUGCCUCCGAAGCUAUUUUGGACGGACCAGCAUUGGAUCUUUCCAGCCUUGUAAAUGUUUUCCUAGCCAUAAGUGAGGAAAGGCCGGAGACGGUAGCUGGAUUGGACCUGCUGUAUAAAUCCGCCGCUCAAGUUCUUGGAGCAUUUUCUCGUUGGAUCUGCAACCAUCCAACUGUAGUUUUGCCAUUAUUAUCCUUUUUAGCCUCGGGGCUCAGUGCACCAUUGGCGGCAAGUGCAUGCGCAACUGCGUUAAGGCGAAUAUGUGAAGAGGUUUCUGCAAUGGCGAGUGACCCCGCUAAUCUGGAGUGUCUUCUCUGGAUUGGAGAGGGCUUGCACAAUUUUAAGUUGUCUCCCAAGGAGGAGGAGGAGGUUUUAUGUGCUAUUGGGCGCUCCUUGUCCACGGUCACAAGCAGUGCAGUUUUAAAUGAUGCAUUGCACAGGCUUUUGAAGCCUACAUAUGACCCUUUGAAAGAACUUUUGAUAGCUGAUGUUGAGAAUCGGCUGAAAUUUGUCUCGGCUGAAAGUGCAAUGCUGCUGGAGUCCAGUGUUCGAGCUCUGCAUAGGCUCGGUACAAUUUUCAGUCAAUUCCCUGUGCUUAGCUCCUCGUCCGUGAUUGGUGAGGAAGUUUUCGUAGGAAUUUUAUCACAGUUUUGGCCUUUGUUGGAACAAAUGUUCUCAUCCGCCUUCAUGGAGAACAACAGUUUAGCAACUGCAGUAUGCAAAUGCCUCUCCGAGGCCACAAAGACCGGAGGACAAUGCAUACUACCGUUGCUGCCAAACAUUACAAAAUUUUCGAGUGAGAACUUCGUUUCUUUUCAAACCCAUGUCUGCUUUCUCAAACUUGCUAAUACUUUAACGGAAGAACACGGUCAUCAGAAAGAGUAUGCCCCGUUGUUCGUUGAAGUAGCGGGAGUAUUUAGUACUGCGGACUCGGUGGCGGCAUUAAGCUCAUCCUACGCUUGUGACAACGAGCCUGACGUGGCGGAAGCGUAUAUGAACUUUAUGUCCACUUUUCUUCGCAACUGUCACAAGGGUGUUCUAGCGACUGCAGAAUCGCACGUAGAAGCAGCUCUAAAUAGAGCAACUAUUUGUUGCACGGUGAUGCACCGUGGAGCUGCACUGGCAGCCAUGUCCUACAUCUCAUGCUUGUUGGAGAUGGCGCUGUCAUCACUCACGGAGAGCGUAGACUGCCCGUUAACAGCCGCGGUCUUGAAAAUAUGCACACAAUGCGGAGAAAGUAUUGUUUCGGGGAUGCUGUAUGCAUUACUUGGACCCUCUGCUAUGUCACGGGUGUACAAAGCGACGACAAUACUCCAACAACUGGCAGCUAUAUGCAACAGUGGGAGCUCCAGAAUCGGAUGGAGUGCCCUUCAGUGCUGGAUAGUCUCCGCCAUUCAAGCACUUCCGGCCGAGUACUUGAGACAUGGUGAAGCGGAGCGCCUGUCUGUGACAUGGCUGGAAGCUCUUAGGGCCGCAGCAUCAGAUGUGGAUGCAGGUAACUCGAUCAGACAAAGAGGCGGAAACGGUGGCCGAUCCUUGAAGCGUGUUCUUCGUGAUUUUGUCGAACAACACAAAACAAACUUAAUCUGUGUCUCGUGAAUACCACCAUGAAUCACGUCUUGGUAAAUAGCAUUACUUUUUCGGAAAAGACUUUUUGCUAGAGCUCGUGUAACAUAGAAAUACCAAGACAGGGCCGUCAGUCUGGUCCUCCGGAAAAUAAUAAGCAUGGCGAUUGAUGUUUCAUAUUCUUCUGCUGUUUAGAAACUGUACAAAUAACAGUGUGAAUUACUAAAGAAAGGUUAAAACA